CUUCCUGCCGAGGAAGGAGGGAGCAGUGGAUAGGAGCGCUCGAUGAUCCUCCAGAGCCUUGAGGAAUGCUGUCUUUUGGGUUAAACAACUUAAGUAUCCGAUUUUGACAGUUUCGGGCUCAACAACGUACGCGCACCAUGAAUUUACUGCCAUCCAAUCCUCACGGAAAUGGACUUCUGUAUGCUGGAUUCAACCAAGAUCAUGGAUGCUUUGCAUGCGGGAUGGAAAAUGGCUUCAGGGUGUACAACACAGAUCCUCUUAAAGAAAAAGAAAAGCAAGAAUUUCUUGAGGGUGGAGUCGGGCAUGUUGAGAUGCUAUUUCGAUGCAACUACCUUGCACUUGUCGGAGGAGGCAAGAAACCCAAAUACCCACCUAAUAAAGUUAUGAUCUGGGAUGACCUUAAGAAAAAGACUGUGAUUGAGAUUGAGUUUUCCACAGAAGUCAAAGCUGUUAAACUACGAAGAGACAGAAUUGUAGUGGUCCUGGAUUCAAUGAUCAAAGUCUUUACUUUCACACACAACCCUCAUCAGCUGCAUGUCUUUGAAACAUGCUACAACCCUAAAGGUUUGUGUGUUCUUUGUCCAAACAGCAACAAUUCUUUGCUAGCAUUCCCUGGCACCCACUCUGGACAUGUGCAGAUAGUAGACCUGGCCAACACAGAGAGGCCCCCGGUGGACAUUCCUGCCCAUGAGGGAGCUCUGUGUUGUAUUGCCCUCAACCUCCAGGGCACACGGAUAGCUACAGCUUCAGAAAAAGGGACUCUGAUCAGAAUAUUUGAUACAUCUGCAGGUCAUUUAAUUCAGGAGUUAAGACGAGGGUCGCAGACGGCAAACAUAUAUUGCAUUAACUUUAACCAGGAUGCAUCUCUCAUCUGUGUGUCAAGUGACCAUGGGACUGUCCAUAUAUUUGCUGCAGAGGAUCCCAAAAGGAACAAGCAAUCAAGCUUGGCUUCUGCCAGUUUUCUGCCUAAGUAUUUCAGCUCCAAGUGGAGUUUCUCAAAGUUCCAGGUCCCAUCUGGCUCACCCUGUGUCUGUGCCUUUGGAACUGAACCCAAUGCAGUCAUAGCCAUUUGUGCUGAUGGCAGCUAUUACAAGUUCCUGUUCAACCAAAAAGGGGAGUGUUCCAGGGAUGUAUAUGCUCAGUUCUUGGAAAUGACCGAUGAGAAGAUCUAAGCACUCUUGGAUUCAAUAGAUUUUUUUUUCAUUUCCUGACAUGUCCAAAUUUGAAGAAUGUCAGAGGAAUAACUGUUUAUGGCAUUCCUGACUAAAGUGACUCCCUGUUGCAGGAGGAUGUAGAGAUUUGUAAUCUCACUAGCCAGUUUUUAAAGAAACUCUGACCAUUGGAGAGAUGGAUGAAUAAACUGACUGCGGCCAAUUGGUGGCGUAAGAAGAGGGAAACUAUUUUUGAAUGACAACAGUUACUUUUUAAAAAGGUCUUCCACGAGAACUGCUGUUUUAUAAGUAUAGAGUUGGCUAGAAGAAUAUUUGUCCACUAACUAACCUACUUUAGACAGUGCCUCUGUCAUUACUGAAGAGGAAGGAUGAGUGUAUGCUUACUCAUCAGUCACAAUAUGUAUGUGCAUAAUACUGGUAGCCUUAGGUUUUGUUUUACCUGAUGUAUAAACACAAAAUGCCAGGCAUAUGUAACUGCAACGAUUUAGCAUAGUACAACAGAACAACAGUUACAGUGUAGAUAUGUUUUUUUUUUUUUUUUCAUUUGUUGUUACUUACAGUACGUAUAUGUGCACUUUUCAUGAAUUUUAUCACAGGUGUUAAGAGUUAAUCUAUCAGAACAAAUUAGUAUUUGCUUAAAACCUUUUAAUAGUGUGUGCAUAGCCAUGUGCGUUCUAUAAAUGUAUUACACGUGUUCUUUUCAUAAUUAGUCAUAAGCCAGAGAGAAGCUUCCUGUUUAAUUAAAAUUUGAUUUUGAUCUUUAAAAUAAUAAUUGUUCAAAUUUGGGCUGCUAAUAUAUGGUAUUAAUAUAAAAGGGUUGACUUGAAAUUUGACAAAUGAUUGGUAUGCCUUUAAAAAUAUUGAACGUAUUUAUUUUAGUUAAAUAAAAUCAACCCCCCCCCCACUAUUGUGACAGCAAAAAUACUACUAAAGUACCCAACCGUAACAUCUGUAUGCUUGAACUGUAUUCAUUAAAUUGUUUGCUCAUAUUUUACUUUUCUAAGUUUGUUAAUUAGCUUAUUUCAUGCUUUUGUCAUGAUUGUAUAUGUACAAGUGAUCACACAUAAUGCAGCAUUUAACAUGCUGUAAUGUAUGCUAUGACUGAGUUACACAGGGAUACAUAGAACACAAAUGUAUCUUGUAACAAAUUAAACACGAUUGUAAAAACAA